AUGGUGCUUCUGGCCAUACACGUGGCCGCUCGUGACGGCGAUCUGGUUGCGCUGCGGCGAGAACUCGCGAAAGGAGCCUCACCAAACGCUCCUACCAGACACCAUGGGUUAAAACCACUUCAUUUACUGUGCGGAUGGCAGCGGGGCAAAUCCGCGUUCUCGACUAGAAGUAGCGAGGGCAAAUCCGCGGAUAACCUGGAAGAACGACUAGCCUGCUUUCAUGCACUCGUCGGCGCGGGAGCGGAUAUACACGCGAACGAUAACCAUAAUGCACCUAGAUGCCGUCACCCUGGAUGGCACGCUCAAUGGAGGCCGCUACAUUUCGCUGUCGUGAUGUGCCGCGUCUCUCUCGUGGCCGCCCUGAUCGAGGCCGGGGCGAAUGUAAAUGCGGCCUGCGCUCCGGGGGCCAAGAGCGGCAGUGGUUUACCGCUAGCGCUUGCAGUUGGAUUCGGAGCCUCCGCACGGCGCCGGGAGUGCAUUGCCCUGCUCCUGAGAGCAGGCGCCGCGGUUAACAGGCCAGACCUGAGUCUCGACAAAGCCUGGAUGAACCCGAGCCUCUACCCCAUCCUCCUCAGAGCGGGCGCCACCUUUUUGAGGGCCCCAGCGCACCCUGAUCCUUACCUUGCAAAAAUACUCAAGGCAGGCGGCUUUCGUGGGAACGGCUUCCAGAAUUACGAACGCGCGCGCCGCCACGCCAUCAACGCAAUUUUCAUCCCGAAAUUCGCCCAUGUCCUCCCGCCUGAGCUCGUACGGCGCGUCGUCGAGUUUUACUGGCUUCACGCGCCUUAUUAUUAA